AUGGCUCCUCAGACAACCUCCAGUAUUGCUAUGGCUUUUGCUGGCAAAACUGGUAAAAUGGGCAAGACUGCCUCUGUUGAUAUCCCGCAUGCAGGUGUGGGCCACGCUACGCGAUCCGGACAGCCUGCCAUGCUUCCCACGCCACCCAACUCUAUUUCUCCAACACUUCCUCCUACCUUCCAGCGGGUUACCCUAUCCCCGGGCUCUCCUCUGUCCACAGUUCCUCAACUGGACUCGGAUAUCGAUCUGCAGGAUGAUGUCGAGCACGCCAGCUCUAUCGGCCGGGAUGACCUUGAUAGCACCGGUGCCAUCACCCCUGCCAUGCUGGCCAAGUAUCACCUUCCCGAUAUUCUCCUGCAGCAAGGACCACUCGCUAUUCGCCACGUCAUGGGUCAUCUGACAACCUCCGUGCCCGGCUUCUCGCGUAUCCCGCCUGCGAAAGCACGCAGACUGGUCGUGGCCGCCCUGGAGGGCCGAGGCAACGGUGGUAGCAGUGAUGUGGUAUUUGAGAAGAUCGGUUGGGGCCGCUGGGAUGCACGACGUCGUGGCGAGCCGGCACGGGAUUUUGCAUCUACAUCACCUCCUUCUAGUGUCGGAGGCUCCCUGCAGCGUGGCGUUCAGAUCCAAGGCCAGUCCAGCUGGCAGGGUGGCAACCGUCAUCCCUACCGGAUGAGCUUUGCCGAGUCCACGGCAUUCUCGUAUACCGAUGACUAUGGCAUGCACGGUGAUCUGGACGUUCUCGAACACGAAGCUGAUAAGAUGUCGCUGGAUGGCGAGGAAUACUGUUCUUCAUCGGAGGCGCCGGAUGAAAUCCAAGAGAACGAGUGGAAUGAAGCCGACGUUACCGACGAGGAAGAUUGGGCCCACAUCGGUGCGGAUGCGUUGCGUGCCCGUUCCAUGAACACCGGCAGUUUUAUGAACGAUGCCGCACGGGCAAAGCCUCAGCCUGCCGGGAUCUUCCCCGCUACCUGUCCCUCCCAAAUUCCCCGCACCAUCGACCACCAGGAACGUGCUGCUGUGGAGGCACUUCUCCGACUGGGCUCCAUGUAG